AUGUCGCUUGACAACAACAAUAAAAAUUAUCGUGAUAUUAUUCUUAAUAGUGAUGAUGAUAACACGUAUUUUAGUAUUUCACAAACUUCUUCAAUUAAGAAUGAUAGUAGCAAUGAUGAUAGUGGUUAUAUUGAUUCUUCUCGGCAAAUUGGUCGAAAUGGAAUAUUUUCCUAUAGUGAUAGGCAAGUUUGUGCAUUAUGUGUGUUUAUUCCUAUCAGAAACAAUGGUGAUUUAUAUGCUGAUUUUCAAAGAAGAGGAGUAGUCGCAUCUUCGGUAAAUUCAAAACCGAUUAAUAGAAAAAGAAAAAAUCAAUAUAAUGCUUCCGAAGAAGAUCAAGGUACAAUUUUAUUCACUUUUCAAUCAUCGAAAAGACAAAAGGCCAAUAAUUUGAUUGAUCACCCCUAUAGAAAUGCAUAUUCGACAACCCCAUUCUCUCGCGAAAUCGAAGAAUUAUUAUCGACUGUUCGUAAAGGUCGGAGGAUUUUUGAUCAACAACCCUAUCAAAUGUUAGCCUUCUGCAAUGAAUUGAUGCUCAAAGACGACUUUUAUUUAAAUGUGGUGGAUUGGUCAAUUUACAAUAUAUUAAGUUUGGGUUUAGAAAAUAUGAUUUAUCUUUGGAAUACAGCAACUAAAUGCAUGACACAGCUAUGCGCUUUGGGUUCUUUAUCAUCCAUCACAUCUCUAAAAUGGAUACCAAACGGUUCUCAACUUGCCGUUGGUACGGUAGACGGAAAGGUACAAAUUUGGGAUGUUGUCACUUCAACAAAAAUUCGUGAUUUCACUGGACAUUCUUCACGCGUUGGGGCUCUGGCUUGGAACAAUAACGUACUUAGUACUGGUGGUGCUGAUCGUAUAAUCUAUCAAAAAGGUGACCAAUUAGCUAGUGGUGGUAAUGCCAAUGAAUUAUAUGUCUGGGAAAAAUCUAACGAUCACGAACCAGCUUUGAAAUUGGAAAAGCAUAAAGCGGCUGUUCGUGCCUUGUCUUGGAGUCCUCAUGAUCGUAAUAUUUUGGUGAGUGGUGGUGGUCAUUUGGAUAGACAAAUAUGUUUCUGGAAUACGUUGGAUGGAAGAUCGUUGGGUGUUCAUAAUUCCAAAUCUCAGGUUUGUAAUUUACAAUGGUCACCUAACGCGAAUGAAAUAGUUUCGACUCAUGGAUGGUGGAAAAAUGAUGUGAUAGUUUGGCAAUAUCCAUCAAUGAAAAAAUUGGCCACUUUGAAAGGACACACAUAUCGUGUCUUGUAUUUUUCUCUUGCACCUGACGGAGAAGAUAUUGUCACGGGAGCAGGGGGUGAUGAUAACACUUUAAGAUUCUGGAAAAUUUUUAAUACCCCUCGCGAUAAAAGUUUAAAGAAACCCGAUUCUGUAUUGAAAUUGGACCGACUAAUUCGUUAG